AUGAGCAGCAGCAAAAAGAAGUUGACGAUUAAGUGGCUACGAACUGCAAUCACCUCGUCCCCAAAUCUUCAGGCGAGAGAUGCUGGAUUAGGCACACCCUCUCGCGGGAAUGAAUCACUGAUUGAAGAUUCAAGUCCUUUGCCGCUCGGUGACUCUCCAGGACCUGAUGGCCUUGGAGCAUUGAGUCUGGACUCUCCCAAGAGAAAAGCAGGAGCGCAGGGUGAAAGCACGCCAUCUUCAGGGAAAGUUAAGCUGAGGAAGCUUUCAAGUAUAAAUUCGGAACAUUUCCUAACUUCAAAGGAGAAACCUCUGGACAAUUUAUCCAAGCAGACGGAAUCCACAGAGAGCCAGGUAGUAUCAUCACCUCCACCACCUCACUCCUUCCUCAUGAGAAAGAAAGAGAGGACACCCAAGGAGAGAUCGAAGGCCGUGGUCGCAGCCAUUGACAGAGCAAGAGGCCGCACUAGUAUCCGCAGGCCUUUGCCAUUUGAGUCUUCACCAGUGAAAGCUGAGAACCGCUCUGAGGACGGCACCAUUGUUCAGGAAGAACAGUGUUCCCCCCUUCAGGUGUUUGAGGACGUUGAAGCCCAGGAUGACGACUCAAAGCUAAAAACAGGCGGACGGACUGCUGUGCUAAAAGGAGAUCAUUCUCCCAAGAGGUUUGUUGUUUCCAACUUUGUAGGAACAACCUCUCAAGUCCAAUCCUUUGCUCCAGAAAAUGAACCAGAAGCCAAGUGCUGUGACUCGUACCUCCCUGCCCUGGAUCAUUUAGAUGAUUCUUCGUCUGGUUUCACGAUUCACCAGAAAGGCCCUUUUGACACCCAACAAUGGAAAAGUCCUUCAGUGUAUACCCAGAAAGAUACAACUUCACCUUUCACCUUUUCAUCCCCCAAUGAAAGCACUGAGGUCGUCCAGGCAGCUGCAGUGGACACGGAUUGGCCUUCCUCACUGUCGCCGACUAAUGUUCUUAUCUCAUUAAAGCAGCCCCACCCAACAAACAUGGCCCCUUCUCAUGCAUCCAAAAUUCAGACUGACAAUGUCUGCUCCUCCAACAUUACGGCCUAUAAGGACCCCUUUGCGCUGCCACUACACUCGAAAAAAGCAACCCCACGCCGGCAGUCAGAUGUUGGUGCUUCCAUGCAUCAUUCCCCCUUCUCCUUUACUCAUGGUGCGACUCCUAAAAGAAGAGUUUCACUUGGGGCAGAACCGAUGUCAACCAGUUACCCCUCCUUGAACCAUCAGGUUGGUUUUAUAGACACACACUGCCAUUUAGACAUGCUCUAUGGAAAGCUUGGCUUCAGCGGGACAUUCCACAGCUUUCUAAAUCACUACAAAAGGAGCUUUCCUCCAGAGUUUAGAGGCUGCAUUGCAAACUUCUGCAACCCAAGGAUCAUGGUGAAGGAAGCCCUGUGGGAAGGUUUGCUCUCCGAAGACAUGGUGUGGGGGGCAUUUGGGUGCCACCCCCACUUUGCGAAAGACUACUCGAGUGUCCAGGAGCACGAUAUAAUGAUGUCCAUGAGGCAUCCAAAAGCUGUGGCAUUUGGUGAGAUAGGCCUGGACUACUCCCACAAGAACUCCACGGACCACUCCAAGCAAAAAGAGGUGUUUGAGCGCCAGCUGCGUCUCGCUGUGGCCAUGCAGAAGCCUCUGGUCAUCCACUGCAGGGACGCAGAUGAUGACCUGCUGGAAAUAAUGAAGCGGUGUGUCCCGAGGGACUACAAAAUUCACAGGCACUGUUUCACAAACAGUUAUCCGGUGAUUGAGCCCUUCCUGACGGAGUUCCCCAACUUGUAUGUGGGUUUCACGGCCCUCAUCACGUACUUCAAGGCCACCGAGGCCCGAGAUGCUGUCCGGCAGAUCCCUCUGAACCGCAUUGUGGUGGAGACGGACGCACCAUAUUUCCUGCCAAGACAGGUGAGGAGAGAUGUCUGCCGGUUCUCACACCCAGGGAUGGGCAUUCAUACGCUGCAGGAGCUGAGCUUUCUGAAGGGAGAAGACAUGGCCACGGUCCUCGCCACCAUCCGACACAACACCACUCAAGUCUACGGCGUAUGAGCUCUUUUCAUGGUGGAGGAGAAUUAUAGAUAUUAUAUUUCAAUGUUCAUUUAAUCAAUUAAUUCCUCACCAUAUUUGGUUAUUGUUCUUUUUGCUGUGUUGACAUCUGUUUGUUCUGUUCAGCUGCUGAGUCGUUUAGUUCGGUUCAGUGGAGACGUAUCAAACACCUUUUAAUCCUGCCUCUUUACAUCCUACAUGUAUGGUUUGUUGAACGACUCGAGUUCUGACUGAAGAGGACGUGAAGAUGACAAAUAAAAAGAGUAGAGAGUCGUCUGUCAUACAGCAAUGUGAAAAUGUGUUGUUUGCUGUGAGAAGCUGAUUCUUUAUUGAAGUAGGAGGGUGGCUGUGACGACAGUCCAUUCACUUGUUUGGAGACCACUAUAUUUGUCCCACACAUUUGGCCUGAGUGCUUUUUAUUUUCAGAAUGAUGAGCCUGGCCGAGCUGCGGUUAGUGCUGAGCGUAGAUGAGAUCAAUGUUGGGUGAAUAAAUGUGUUUCUCUCAUAUCUUUGACGAGAGGGAUGUGUUGAAAUACAGAUGUUCCCUUUUUUCACAGGUUAUUGAUCAAAGCUUCGUUUCCAAGAGUUUAAGAGCCUCUUCAGAGCAUCGGCCGGAGCACAUUGUGUUCACCGUUGUGUGUUUAUUUAUGUGUGUUUAUUAAAAGCGACAUGGCAGAAGGCACACGCGUCGGAGCAGACCAAAAUCAGAUACACGAAACGGUCAAUGGAUGAGCAGCGCGAGUUGGGUUAAAUUACAAUGCUGUACCAAACGUUGAUCUCGUGGCAAUAAUUAAGUGUCUUGUAAUAAUUGUGAGUUUUUGUGUCCUGACAAUAAAACGACUGCAGUCCAACCUGUUGAGCAGUCUUCAGGGUCGAGACACUAAACUCUCUGAAAGCUGUCAGACGAGCGCUGAAGAGCAGG